CAUCAUCACCAUCCUUCUCAUCCUCACCUCACGCGCAGCCCUCGGUGAGCCCGCGUGCGCCGCCGCCUGUCCUUUAAAUUGAUUGUUUUCUCUCUCUCUCUGUCUCUCUCUCUCCAUCUUAACGCGGAAGUCAGUGACGCACCAUUGCGCACACACACACACACACGGUCGGUCAGCUGGGGCAAUGGAAUAAACACAGCGUCGUGUUCGGAGGCAGCAGCAGCAGCAGCAGCAGUGAGCGGACGGUGGGGGUCAAAGUGUUGCAGUUGAAAACCAUCAUGCCCUUUGCUUUGGCAACGGGACAGGAAUUGUGUGUGUGAGCGUCCCCGGUUGGCUCUGCUGGGAUGAACAUGCCACUGCACCAAAUCUCUGUCAUCCCCCGUGAUGUCACCUCAUCGCGGGUCUCGGGCAGUGGGAAAGCUAAGGACAAGGACAAGCAGAAUGAAAAGCCUCUGGGUCAUUCUGCAAGCAGGUCCAGCAAUAUCUCAAAGGCCGGGAGCCCGACAUCCGUCAACGCUCCUUGCAGUUUCUCGAGGACAUCGGUUUCUCCCUCCAGCCAGGACAUCUGCAGUCUCACUCAGGGCUGUCAGAAGCAGACUGCAGUGGUUCUGCUGAGUUCUAGUGGCAAAACAUGUCAGGGUUCAGGUGGUAUUUCGGUGAGCACCCUCUGCACAGAUGCUCUACCUGACUCCAAACACCCCAAACAACGAGACUGGCUCUCUCUGCUCUGGCCCUCGUCGGGCAACAUCCGACCCAAGAGCUCGCUCAGGUUCUCCGUGUCCCUGAACGACGUGGGACAGCGCGUGGACAGUCUCUGUCGCGGCCUGCACUUUAUAGAUCGCACCUGCUCUGAAGGAGAGCUGGAGCUGAAGCCCGACCCUCCACAGCCGCACGACUUGGACCGAAAGGCUCACGCGCCCAACGGCGAGCUGUCUGCAGCAUCCACACACCAGCACCCAAAUCCAGCCCUCUCAACCCACCCCCACUUAAUCCCCUCCUUCACCAACAACUACAAAUACAUGUUAGGUAAUGGCAUCCCUCCUGCUGAUUGUUCUCCGUCUGACCCUGCUCUGAUCUCUCCUCCUCCUCCUCCUCCUCCACUUUCCGGCAAUCACCUCCACCCUCAUCCCUCUGCAAAUUUCCUCCGCCUCCUCCUUCCCUUUUCUCGCUCUUCUACCUCGGCCAGCCUGCAGUGCUCUGAGCUGGGCAGCUAUGACUCUCACCUCCACAUCACCAAGUCUGCUAGUGCCCUGCUGGAAGGAAGCGAGUCAGGGUUUCCUCUUGAGGAUGUAGUGGGUGAAGAUGAGAUGUUUGAGAGGGACUGGUCCAGUCUUGAUCCAAAGGCAACAGGCCAACUGGCCACGUCAGACGCAGUCACAGCAGUUGGCCCACGCUCUGUCCUCGCCCCACUGUGCUAUAUCGAUGAGGACAGUGACUUGGACUGCUGCCCGUCCCCUUUGUCAGAGAAAACUGGGCAACUGUCCCUCUUUUCGCUCUCUGGGGACUGCUGCAGGAUUUGUCACUGUGAAGGGGACGAGGAGAGUCCCUUGAUCACGCCAUGCCACUGCACGGGGAGCCUGCGCUUCGUCCACCAGGCCUGUCUACAGCAGUGGAUCAAGAGCUCCGACACUCGCUGCUGUGAGCUCUGUAAAUACGAGUUCAUCAUGGAGACCAAACUCAAACCGCUGCGCAAGUGGGAGAAGCUACAGAUGACGGCGAGCGAGAGGAGAAAGAUCAUGUGCUCGGUCACCUUCCACGUCAUCGCCAUCACGUGCGUGGUGUGGUCGCUCUACGUCCUCAUCGACAGAACGGCAGACGAGAUCAGACAAGGUCAGUGCUCAGGGAUCCUGGAGUGGCCGUUCUGGACCAAGUUGGUGGUGGUGGCCAUCGGCUUCACGGGUGGACUGGUGUUCAUGUACGUCCAGUGCAAAGUCUACAUACAUCUAUGGAGGCGACUGAAGGCCUACAACAGAGUCAUAUACGUCCAGAACCGGCCGGAGACGUGUAAAAAGCUGGCGCUGGAGAAGCCGCCGCUCAUGGAGCCGAGUCUGGAGAGCAAGGAGGCUCUGGCCCCCACCCAGUCGGACACAAACUCCUCCCAGUACACAGAGACAGAGGACUACAGUAUGGAGGUGCUCCAUGUCUGACCACUCGGUCCACGCCGGUGGUUGAUCACUGAUCCCAGACUGAUCCACUGUCCACUUCUGCUCAUCUUGUGUCCCCACAGCUCCAUCCACAGAGUCAGACGGACCACGACUCUCUUCUUCUUACCCAUUAUCCCACUGAUGAGACCUUGUUCCUCCUUCCUUCAUACUCUACACUCUCUUUUUCCCCCAGAAAUGGACUCUUCUGUUUCUACUGACUUCUGUAAAUGUCUGGAGAGGCCUGGAACACACCAGUCUGUACACACACACACACACACACACACACACACACACACACACACUGGAGGAGCAGGACUGAGAUAAAUGGACUCAUAAGUGGCUCCAAAGGUUUACACAUAUCUGAUGUGUGGUUUCGUUUGCUUGUGGGUUCGUUCGAUUUGUUUGUUUUUACCUCCCGUGAGUCUUGGGCGAACCCUUCGUGGAUCAGUAUGUAGCGCCGCACAUCGGAUCUCUGGAACAUUCCAGCCACUGCCAUCUCUGUCGCUGUGGUCCAUCAACGUCUGCGCUGGUCUGGAUCCGACCAGUUUUAUUAACGCGGACAUGCAUCAAAGCACUUUUAUUUUUCUAGGUCCCUUUCUUUAGCUUUUUUUUUUUUGGUCAUUAAUAUAAAUUUAAGUCUUGUAUGUUGUUGGAGGAGAGCACACGUAAGCUUGGGAAUGUUUCCUUUCCUGUUUUAUUUGACAUUUCAUUUCUUUGUGCGCAACUAUACACGUAUGAAAAACCCUCCCGUGGAUGACAAAAAAGGAAUUAGGGUUAAAAAUGGAAAGAAAAAAGGCGUUGACUCUCUUACUGUGCAAGGCAGUGCAUUAACAGACCCUAAAUACUCCGAAAUAAACCACUAGCAGACAGACAACUGCCUAAAAAUAAGCUUUACGCCAAUUUUUGCUCUACAGGUCAGGACCCACACACUCCUAAACCAUCUUUUCACUUGUAUUAAGACGCUUCAGCACUGAGUUUAUGUCCAAACGUGACAUUUAGGAUCAUUAUUUCCAGCAUUUGAGAUGAGCGGAAGUCUCAGUUUGUGUGGAAAGUGUCUUGUUAGACUCUCUCACAUAGCGGUGGAUGUCUGUUUUAGUGUUCAUCAGCAGACAGCCAACUUGUUCCUGCUCAUUUGAUUGAGUGUUUCUCUCACAUCGCGUCUUAUGUGGAUCAAAUGAGACAAGUUGUUUCUGGCACCUUUUUUUUAAAAAAAAAGAACAAUAAUAAUAAUAAUUCCUCUGCAGAAGCACAGCUGUAAGUGACACUGUUUCCGAAAUCAGUUCUCAUGGCAGUUUUCACAUUCGUCAACAAAAUAACAUCAUUUACUUUGCAAUAAAAACUAAUUAAAAGAACAUGUUUGCCACCUGUGACAGAUGCAACAGUAAUCCUCAUCACUCAGUGGUGAGCUCACUGCACUGCCACCUGCUGGUCAUUUUAAGGUCAUGUUGGAGGAUUCAAUGCCAGGGCUCACGUUGAGCCUCAGAGCCAUUCCAGCAACACACACACACACACACACACACACACACACACACACACACACACACACACACACACACACACACACUUUUUAAUAAGAAGAAAACUGUCUUUGAUACCGUCUGUGAACGUCCAUGUUCAAAACACACACCUGAUGAUGAUGACUGCUCGGCAGCAGCAAUAAACAAAAAUCUGAGCUUUUUCUUUUCUUUCUCUCUCUCUCUGGCAUCAGUGCAUCCUGUACUUGUGAAUAUGCCCCACUGCUGACAUGAGAUCUGGAGUCUAAUACAAUAUUAACAGAUAAUAAUUAAAUACGAGCCAAGGGAGUUGUCGUGUGUCAAGCUGAAUUAAGAUGUUGUAAUGAGACGCGUUCUCUCAAACUUCAUAAACUCCCACGUGGCUCAGUGCAAUUAGACAGAUAAAAAAAAAUAAAAGUGCAAUUACCCCCUUUUUUUCCUUGUUGUUCUAUUCUAUAGUUAUGUGCUGGUGUUUAAUGUCCAGGGAGUCCUCUGGGUAUAAAAAGGUUACUUCACAUUUUUUUUUUUGUGUUGUAUUUAUUUUUAAAAGAAAAGAGAGUAAAAAUAAAAAUAGUAUAUUUGUAAUUUUAUGCAAAUUACACUUAUCCCCCCCAGGCAUACACACACUGGUCAUUUACGUCCACUCUUUGUUUUGCAAGGUUGUCAUUUUGAUAUAUGUGUUGUAAAAAGUUUACGGUGUGUUUACGCUCUCUCGCUCUCUCUCCCUUUAUGCUUUUUAAAUUGCUUGUUGAAUGCAGAAUACGACACAGCAUCGCAUUUGAAAGAUACGUCGCACGUUUUUUUUUCUCACCCCCACCUAAAAAAAAUGACAUUGCGUAUUAAAACAAAUGCUUUCCUUAAAAAUGGAGGGUGAACGCUGGACUGUAUAUUGUGCUUCUGUAUUUUCUUUUUUACUUUCUACUCAUGGGAGCUGGCUCCUGUCGUCAAGUCUAACGUUUUGAUGUCAUUGUGAUGAACACUGAGCAUCAUCGGGGGCUUCAACAAGCAGACAUAUUCAUCUCGUUCCUUUCUUCUUACUUUCCCCCUUGAGCUGAUUUCUUCAUUUUUGCAACACCACUGAGCGAAACUCAAACCGAGAAAGCUUUUUAAUUCUGGAUUUUUGUGUGUGUCUUAAAUCUUGUUAUGUCUGGGACUCGUGUAACUUGCAUAAAAGCUACAUUUUGUUUACUACUGAGUGGACUUGAACAUAUAUGACUGUUCCCCCCCCGUCUUAUAUUAUCAUUCCACGAGUUUUUGUCUGUGAAUUUACUUUGAAAUAGUAACUGUAAAGGAUUUUUUGGUAAAAAGUAAAUUCCGUUUUUAAACGAAAUGUUGAUGUUUUUCUGUUGGAUUUCCCAUGUUUGAUCAAAGUAUGUAGAGUUAAAAAGAACAACCAAAUAAAAAUUAAGUUGCUUUUAA